UGCCCUCGACCCGCUACAGGCCCGGCGAGCCUCAGACCUGAGACAGCGCGAGACGAGACGAGGCGAGGCCGUGGCCACCAUCAGCUAUUUACAUAGAACUGCCACCUCAGCCUCAACCAGGACAGUUCAGGUCACAGAAAGGGGAACUGGACUGCAGGCCUGGAAGCCAGCCUGCACAAUGCCUGCCUGGGGGGUCCUGUUCCUGCUCUGGGCUGCCGCAGAAGCCACCAAGGACUGCCCUGCACCAUGCACCUGCCAGGCCCUGGAAACCAUGGGGCUGUGGGUGGACUGCAGGGGCCGAGGGCUCACAUCCAUGCCUGCCCUGCCAGCCCGCACCCGCCACCUCCUGCUGGCCAACAAUAGCCUGCGUUCUGUGCCUCCCGGCGCCUUCGACCACAUGGUCCAGCUGCAGACACUCGACGUGACACAGAACCCCUGGCACUGUGACUGCAGCCUCACCUACCUGCACCUCUGGCUGGAGGACCACACACCAGAGGCCCUGCUGGACGUCCGCUGUGCCAGCCCCAGCUAUGCCGCCCUCCACCCACUGGGCCAGCUCACAGGCUAUGAGCUGGGCAACUGCGGCUGGCAGCUACAGAAACCUUGGGCCUACCCAUGGGUCUGGUGGGAUGUGGCACUGGUUGUUGUGGUCAUAAUGGGCCUGGCCCUCUUGGCUGGUCUACUGUGCACUGCCAGAGAGCCCCUGCUCCUAGGGUCGUUCUUCAGGCCAAGCGGCCAGGCCUGAGCCCCU